AGCCUUGCGGGAGGCUGCAUCGAAGGUACGAACUCUUAGCAUUUUCAGAGGCAUGUGCUGCACGAGAGAAACUACAGGAUCACCUGCGGAGGCGUCGAAUGCGGAUCGAUGAUUAGGUCACAGUCGUCUGCUGUAACUCAAGUGACUGAUUCUGACUUCCAUUUGUUAGCUGUCACAUAGUCGGGCGUUCCCUCAAGAGCAAAAGGGCUGACUAUCAGUGGUCGUAAAGCAAAAGUCAGAUGAUGUGGAAAGUCCAGUUGCUGUGUACUCGCUGUCACGUUAGGCGUUGCCCCUUCACUCUGUCCUCUUGUAUGCAGGACCCCAAGGAUAGAACAGCAGAUGAUAUCGAUGGUAUGUUUCAAGUGAUCAGCAACGUUAACCUCUUUUCGAAGCUCGAUGAAGCAACGCAGAAAUCCCUAUGUAGGAGUCUCACCUACGAGGCCUAUGCUGCCAAACAGGUAGUUUUCCGAUAUGGCGACUGGGGAGACAAGUACUACAUUAUCCUCAGCGGCAGAGUGUCCGUCCAGGCGCCUUUAACGCCGACCAGUGAAACAUUCCAACAGGUUGCCAUUCUUGAAUCUGGAGGCGGUUUUGGGGAAAUGGCACUAAUGGAGAACAAGCCUCGGGCGGCGACUGUUGUAUGUCUGGAGACAACAGGAACACUCGCGUCCAUUUCCUGCAGAGCCUACCGUUCCUGA